AACAUUGAAAACAAACCCUAUAUUCCGCACACCUAUCUCGUCUCCCCCAGACCUCUCUUCUUUCUCGGCGACGGCAAGGCAGAGCAGCUCCCGACAAAUUCCACACGCAGCGGCACACGGCAGCAGCAGAGGAAGAGCUGCUCUUCUCCCUCCGUUCUCCCGUCGCCCACUCCGACAGCUUGCAGGAACAUGAUGAAAGCCCAAAUAUGAGAACCCAUUGUCAUUGAUUUGUUAGUGUCACACUCACAGUCUGUGACUCACAGGGCUGAGUGGCGUGUGCAAAAGCCUUAAUAAAACCUCUCUACCUAAGAAGUAACAGCAGAAGCAGAAGACAUGGAGAUUAAUUUGGGGUCACUACCCUUCGACAUUGAUUUUCAUCCAUCAGACCACCUUCUUUCUGCUGGCCUCAUUAAUGGCGAUCUUCUCUUGUACCGGUACACUGCUGAUUCCUCUCCUCAAAGGGUGUUAGAAGUGCACGCUCACACAGAGUCUUGCAGAGCUGUUCGCUUCAUUAAUGAUGGCCGCGCUAUUGUGACGGGAUCACCGGACCAUUCAAUUCUAGCCACAGAUGUUGAAACUGGUUCUGCCAUUGCUCGCCUUGAGGAUGCUCAUGAGGAUGCCAUUAACAAGAUAAUCAGUUUAACAAACUCUACCAUUGCUUCUGGAGAUGAUGGAGGUUGUAUUAAGGUUUGGGAUACCAGACAACGUACUUGCACUAAUUCUUUUAAUGUUCACGAGGAGUACAUUUCUGACAUGACUUUUUCUUCCGACUCCAUGAAGCUUUUGGGAACAAGUGGAGAUGGGACUCUAUCUGUUUGCAAUCUUCGAAGAAACAAGGUUCAAUCUCAAUCUGAGUUUUCAGAAGAUGAGCUACUUUCCGUUGUUAUCAUGAAGAAUGGUCGUAAAGUUGUUUGUGGAUCACAGACUGGAACUCUCUUACUGUACUCUUGGGGAUAUUUUAAGGAUUGCAGUGAUCGUUUUGUUGAUCUCUCUCCGAACUCGGUUGAUGCUUUGCUGAAGCUUGAUGAAGAUAGGAUUAUUACUGGAUCCGAGAAUGGAAUCAUCAACCUGGUAAACAUAUUACCCAACAGAAUUAUUCAACCAAUUGCAGAGCACUCAGAGUACCCUGUUGAGCGCCUCGCUUUUUCCCAUGAUAGAAAGUUUCUUGGAAGUAUAGCACAUGAUCCGGUGAUGAAGAUAUGGGAUUUGGAAGAUUUAUUACAAGGUUCUGAAAAUAAUACAAGGAAUCAAGCUGCCGCAGAAGACAGUGAUGACAGCGAAAUGGAUGUGGAUGUCAAUCCGCCGAAGUCCUCCAAAGGGUCUAAAAGUAAAAAUGCAAGCACAGAGAAUAGUUUUUUUUCGGACUUAUAGCAAGGCAACAAAUUUAUUUACUUAUUUAUUGGCUUUGUCUUUGUACACCUAAAUGUCUGUCCUCUUUAUAAUUUUGGCAAAGAACUGCUGUAUAUUCCAAUUUUGUAUUGCGAUUGAUAGAAAUUAGCUUGGUCUUUGUCUUUGCACUCGAGAAGGGUCUAAUUUUAUGUCAAAGUGGAGAUUGCAAUGUAUUUCAAUUCCGUUGUUUGGUUUGCUUUUGAAAAUCUUGUCAUAUUAUAUCUCUUUCAUUAGUAAUGGCACAAGAAAAUAAAUGCAAAAUGAUUUUUAUA